UCCCAUUUAUUUACAGAUAAGUACAAAGCAGCAGGCUCUCCAGUUCUCGUAUCAUAAGCUCAUCAUUACUAAGUGCUGAUUGCUCCCGUCUUUCAUAAUAUUAAAAAAUUGUUUUUAAAUUAAACAACAUUUUUAGUUAAUCAACGUGAUGGCCAGCCAAACUCAAGGAAUACAACAAUUGUUGGCUGCUGAAAAAAGGGCUGCGGAAAAAGUUGCCGAAGCUAAGAAACGCAAAGCAAGACGUUUAAAGCAAGCCAAAGAAGAAGCUCAAGAUGAAAUUGAAAAAUAUAGACAAGAAAGGGAAAAACAGUUCAAGGAAUUUGAAAUUAAACAUAUGGGUUCUCGCGAGGAUGUUGCUGCAAGAAUAGAUGCUGACACAAAAAUAAAAAUUGAAGAGAUGAAUAAGGCUGUAAUUGUUAACAAACAGGCAGUCAUUGAUCAAAUUCUUGAACUGGUUUAUGACAUCAAACCAGAGCUGCACAAAAAUUUUAAAGCUACAGCUAACAAAGAAUGAUGUGUGUGUGUCUUAGUAUUUUUCUUUUUUUUUCAAUCCCAUAUAAGAAAUAUAAAGGUGUACAAAUUUAAUUUUGAUUUUAGUUUCGUUACACUGAAACAUUCCAUGUGUUGUUCAAUUUUAUAGUGUAUUAUUAUCAUAAUUAUUAAUUUAUUUAGGAUUUCAACAUUAAAAUGUUAAAUACAUAUUA